AUCCCAAACCGCAGAUAAUCAAAUCACAAUAAAACGCAGCUAAAUGUUACUAAAUUUGAAAAGAGAUUACCCGCGAAAAAUAUCCUAACCUCAUAUUGUUCAAACUUCAAGACAAAAAUGUCUCUUUGAUUACUCAAGAUCGAAUUUAUAUUAUUUUUAAACAAAUGCUAUUUUAAAUAAAACAUGGAUUUGGAAAACUCGGAAACAAACAUGUUUAAUUCUGACGAAGAUGAUGAAGACCACGUUCAAUUAACGCCAGCUGAAGUAAUAGAACUCAUGGAAGAAUCAUGGAGUAAUGAAAAAUUUGCUCCUGAGAUUCUUCCUCACAAGUUCGAAAUAGUCGAGUGUCUUCUAGAUCAAAUAACUUCGAUGGAAGGAAAUAUACGGAGGCUCAACAGCACAGAUUUCAGAAAAAGCAUUCAUCAGUUGGAAGUUGAUAGACUGAGAUUUUUAGUUUCUAGCUAUUUGCGAACCAGAUUAGAAAAAAUUGAAUGUUAUGUUACUUUUAUCCUAAAGGAAGAAGCUAAACGUCAGGAAAAGGGGGAAGAUAUGUAUCUGAGCGAACAAGAAAUGAAAUUUGCCAAAGAUUUUUCUCGGGGUUUAGAAGAAUAUUUCGAUAAUGUCCUGAGUUUCUAUCCUGGGUUACCUGCUGAAAAUUGGUCAAACCAAAUUAUAGAGCCAAACAAUCAUAGUUUCGUAUUCUUGAAAUCAAAGAAGGACAUAGAAGGUGUUAUCAUAGAUGAUGGAAAUGAUGCUGACAACGAUUUAGUGGAUUUCAGCACCGGUUCACGAAUGAUAAUAUCCUACAAUAGUGUAGCAAAUUUAGUGAAAAAUGGAGAUGUCCACCUGAUAUGAAAAAAAAUCGUUUUAUGUUUUUUUUAUUUAUAUAGCUUUAGAGAGCAUCAAGCUAAUUGGUAAUGAUCAUAAAUAUACUUUUUCAGAAACA